AUGGGGUCAGGUGGCGGCGACGGCGACGGCGACGGCGACCGGCAAGCGCAGCCGCUCCUCGGCAAGCUCUCGGAGUCAUCGUACAGCUUGUCCGACGAGCACCUGGUCAACAGAACCGGCACGAUAUGGACGGCGAUGGCGCACAUCAUCACGGCGGUGAUCGGGUCCGGCGUGCUGUCUCUGGCGUGGAGCGUGGCGCAGCUGGGCUGGGUGGGCGGGCCGGCGGCCAUGGUGUUCUUCGCCGGCGUCACCGCGGUGCAGUCAACCCUGAUCGCCGACUGCUACAUUUCCCACGACCCGGAGCGAGGCGUCGUCAGGAACCGCUCCUACGUCGACGCCGUGCGCCUCUACCUAGGCGAGAAGAGCCAUUUGUUCUGCGGUUUCUUCCUCAACUUCAGCUUGUUUGGCACCGGUGUGGUGUACACGCUCACUUCCGCCACUAGUAUGAGGGCGAUUCAGAAGGCCAACUGCUACCACGAGGAAGGCCACGACGCGCCGUGCUCCGUGGGAGGGGACGUCUACUACAUGCUCCUCUUCGGCCUCGCGCAGGUGGUGCUGUCGCAGAUACCCAACUUCCACGAGAUGGCGGGGCUCUCCGUCUUCGCCGCCGUCAUGUCCUUCACCUAUGCCCUCGUCGGCGUCGGCCUCGGCGUCGCCAAAGUCAUCGCAAACGGGGUGAUCAUGGGCGGCAUCGGAGGCGUCCCGCAGGUGUCCACGACGCAGAAGGUGUGGCGAGUGUCCCAGGCCCUCGGGGACGUCUUGUUCGCCUACCCUUUCUCCUUGGUGCUGCUGGAAAUAGAGGACACGCUGAGGUCGCCGCCGCCGGAGACCGAGACGAUGAAGAAGGCAACGAGAGCGAGCAUCGCUAUCACCUCCAUCUUCUACCUCUGCUGCGGAUGCUUUGGCUACGCGGCGUUCGGCGACGGCACCCCGGGCAACCUCCUCACCGGCUUUGGCUUCUACGAGCCCUACUGGCUCAUCGACCUCGCCAACCUCUGCAUCGUUCUCCACCUCCUCGGCGGCUACCAGGUGUACACGCAGCCGGUGUUCGCGUUCUUGGACCGCAAGUUCGGCGGCGGGGCCACGGUCGUCGUGGAGGCGCCGCUGCUGGGCACGCGCCGCGUGGACGUGUUCAGGCUGUGCAUCCGCACGGCGUAUGUAGCGGCGACCACGGCGCUGGCCGUGUGGUUCCCCUACUUCAACCAGGUCAUCGGGCUGCUCGGCGCCUUCACCUUCUGGCCGCUCGGCGUCUACUUCCCCGUGGAGAUGUACCUCACGAGGAACAAGGUGGCGCCGUGGACCAACCAGUGGCUCGCCAUCCAUGCGUUCAGCCUCGUCUGCCUGCUCAUCAGCGCCUUCGCCUCCGUCGGCUCUGCAGUGGGGGUGUUCGGGUCGGAGACGAGCUGA